AUCUUGCGAUUUCUCCCCACCCCUUCCUUUCUUUCUCCCUCCCUCCCUCCUUUUCUGCGCACUUUGUGAACUGCUGUUGCAAUGCCGAAGUCCAAAGUUCAGUAACUUGCCUAAGCACACAGAUAAAUAUGAACCUUGGCGAAUUUGCAUUGCUCCAAUGUAAACAGAUAGGCGAGGGUCCCUUUAUCAGCCCUGACUCAGGAGAGUGGUGGGGGGUCUGAAGCAGAUUUAUUUAUUUUUAUUUUUUUUGUUGGUGGUGCCUCGGAGAAUUUUGGGGGGAGCAGGGCCGCCAAGGCAGGAUCCACAGCGACUUCUACGUCGCAGGCGCUUGGACAUGUGACUCUGGAAACAUGGUGUAGCGGGGAAAAGGGGGGAGCUUGUCGCAAACCCAUCCGAAGUGUGGGUUCAAGACAAGAGCCGGCGCCGAUCGAGACCAUGGUCUCAAAACUGACCCAUCUUCAGGUGGAGCUGUUGGGAGCCCUGCUGGAAUCUGGACUCAGCAAAGAGACGCUGAUCAAAGCCCUGACCGAGCCAGACUCCUACGCCUCCCCAAACGAAAGCCGGGGGCCCGUCGGCCCGAUCCAGGGAGAGAAAAGAGAUCUCUGCGUGGAAAUCCCAUCGCUCGCCAACGGGAUGGGCGAGUCCAGGAUGUCCGAGGAGGAAACCUCCGACGACGGGGAUGACUUCACUCCUCCGAUAAUGAAGGAGCUGGAAAACUUGAGCCCGGAGGAGAUGGCUCACCAGAAAGCAGUGGUGGAGAGACUAUUACAAGAGGACCCCUGGAGGGUGGCCAAGAUGGUGAAGUCCUACCUCCAGCAACACAACAUCCCCCAGCGGGAGGUGGUGGACACCACCGGCUUAAACCAGUCCCACCUCUCGCAGCACCUCAACAAGGGCACCCCCAUGAAGACCCAGAAGAGGGCGGCCCUCUACACUUGGUACGUCCGCAAGCAGCGAGAGGUGGCCCAGCAAUUCACCCAUGCCGGCCAAGGCAUUUUGGUGGAGGACCCCAUGGGAGAGGAGCUCCCGACCAAGAAAGGCCGAAGGAACCGCUUCAAGUGGGGCCCAGCCUCCCAGCAGAUCCUGUUCCAGGCGUACGAGCGGCAGAAGAACCCCAGCAAGGAGGAGCGGGAAGCGCUGGUGGAAGAAUGCAACAGGGCAGAAUGCAUCCAACGUGGGGUGUCCCCUUCUCAGGCCCAAGGGCUGGGCUCCAACCUGGUGACUGAAGUGAGAGUUUACAACUGGUUCGCCAACCGCCGGAAGGAGGAGGCUUUCCGCCACAAGCUGGCCAUGGACAGCUACAGCGGACCUCAGCCGGGCUCCGCUCCCCCUCUGGCCUCCCACGCGGCUUCCUCACUCCAGCCGGCACCCUCUCUCUCCCCGGGUAAAGUCCACGAGCCAUCACCCUUGCAACAACAGCAGCAACAACAACAACAACAACAAAACCUUGCCUUUUCUGACUCCGGGCUGCGGUACAACCAGCAGCCUGUCAGCGAGACAGAUGCCUCCAACAGCGACCAGCACGGGGGAAACAGUUCCAUCGUCACCACUCAGACCAUCCUGCAACACACCUCGUCUCCGGGCCUGUGCUCAGCCGGGUCGGGCUCAGCUUCGGAUGCUAAGCUGAUUUCUGCCCCAGGGGGGUCUCUUCCCCCAGUGAGCACCUUGACAGCCCUCCACAGCCUUGAGCAAAACCCACAUGUCCUGAGCCAACAAACCCAGAACCUCAUCAUGGCCUCGCUCCCUGGGGUCAUGGCCAUCGGUCCCGGAGACACCUCAUCUCUCACGCCGGCAUUCACCAAUACGGGGGGCUCCACCCUGGUCAUUGGUCUGGCCCCCACCCAAACCCAGAGCGUCCCGGUCCUCAACAACAUGGGAAGCAGCCUCACCACCCUCCAGCCUGUCCAGUUCUCCCAGCAGCUCCACCCUUCUUACCAGCAGCCGAUUAUGCAACAGGUCCAGAAUCAUCUCAACCAGAGCCCUUUCAUGGCCACGAUGGCCCAGAUCCAGGCUCCUCACGCUCUGUACGGACAUAAGCCCGAGAUGGCACAGUACGCCCACACCAGCCUGCUCCCGCAGACCAUGGUGAUAACAGACACGGCAAACCUCAGCGCCCUGGCCAGCCUGACGCCAACCAAGCAGGUCUUCACGUCGGAGGCAGAGACCCACACGGAGUCGGGAAUUCACACCCCGCCAGGGCAGACGUCCACCCUUCAGCUGCAGAGCCCAGACAGUGCUGGGAUCCAGCAUCUGCAGCCAAGCCAUCGGCUGACCUCCAGCCCUGCUGUCUCAUCCGGCAGUCUGGUGCUUUACCAGAGUUCUGAUCCCACCAACAGCCACAGCCACCUGCUUCCGUCCAGCCACGGGGUGAUAGAGACUUUCAUCUCCACACAAAUGGUGUCCUCCACGCAAUGAACCCGCUGGACAACGGACAGCCAAGGAGCCUCAUUCCACCACGCGGCGCCCGUUGCUGCUCUCACUGCCCAUGUCGAGCCUGCUGCCCCUGGAAGGGAAGGCGGUCAGGGUGCUGCUCUGUGCCCUCCUCUUCCUCCUCCCUCUACCCCUCAGCCUUGCCAAAUCCCCUCUUCCAUGCUGUUGAGGUUCCAGCUGAAAGGAAAACCCCAGGCAGGCCAGCCGCUUUGGAAAUGCAAGGAGGAAAGCCGCCAGGAGCCGCUGGCGCUUUCUCUGCCGGGAAUAACCAGGCUUGCCCAAACGAAAAGUAAACGUUGGCCCACGUUCUUCCCUCUGUCGUAGCCAGGGUGGGGUGGCCAGAGGGGGAGGCAGCCAAGAAGAGGCCCCGGAUCUGUUCCCUGCUGCCCCACGGGAGAGAAGACAGCAGGGACCGGGCAACAGAAAGCAGAGCUUUGCAACUCCAAGAAUCCCCCUCUCCACAACCGGCGUGGCUUCUGUAGCAUCCUGGGAAUUCCAGGUGUGUUCCUCUGCCACCCCCACCCCGUUUCUGGCCUACUGUCACACCGUGUGCUCGUCCUUCCGGGUGGCAAAAGGGAAGGACGUUCAUCCUGUUAGAAAGAGCCAGAAACCAUGACCAUAAUUUUGGACACAGCCUUGGAAGAAACAGCUUCAGUCCAGAUCGGAGGCCUGCAGGGCUGACCUCUGCCAGGACGAUCCAUUCCACGUGGCCGACCCCUUCCUGGCUCAGAUCCGUGGGCCACCCCUGGACACAUGGCUCCGGCCAAAAUAAAAAACGGCUAGGAGGCUGACCAAGGAAGCAAGAGGUCUGACACCAUGAGUCGGGUGGGCUUCCGAAGACCCCAGAGAAAGCAUGGCAGGCCAGGGAAACGGCUCACUCACAAACUGGAGGGAUCAGCGGGCCAUUUUGCCACUGUGGACAGCUUUGGACGGAGCUGUGUCUGACCGCUUCGUUCGAGGAAGGAACAAACCCCAGCCCUCUCAAAAUCUCCUUAGAUGAGACUCUCAACGCAGAAGCCAACUUCCACACGAAAGGAGGAACUCGAAAGUGCCGAGGCAGAAUCUGUGAGCCCUCAGAUAAGAGUCUCGGCUGCUUCGUAGGAUCGUUCAUGCUGGAUUCUACGAAGCCCACCUUCUGUUUAAAAAAUAACCAUCAAACCAAGUUUCUAGUCCUUGGGAUAAUGUUAAAAAAAAUAAAAUAAAAAGCAUGUGAGCAAAAUUGUUUAGCAACAACCAGAAACGGAAGCGUCUACGAAUAAGGAAGAAUUUGUGCUUGCACCCCCCUGACCCCUACCCCCACCUUAUUUCCUCCCCCUACUCUUAGGAACAGGGCUGCUUCUUUGGAAUACGGUUCCCCAAUGCAACGGGGCGGAAAAGAAGGUGUGGGUUUAUAGUUUGGCUUCAAUAUGUGCCAGAUGAUAUCAGAACUCAGUUUAUUGUCGUGUCGCGUUUUCAGGUGAGAGGAAAGCUGAACCUUCGUCUUCAGUUCCUCCAACCGCUACAUCCCAUAAAAAUGGAGAGGGAGAAGAGGGGGAAUUGAGACAUUUCUCUUGUUAGAAUAAAGCCACAGCAGUUUACAUUCCAGAUGUCAGGGGAGCAAAUCAUCCCUGCCAUGGGCUGUAAGCACAAACUUGGAAAAUGAAAGCUGAGUUAUAUGGAAGACCAUCAUAAGUAGUCGAACAAACCUUUUUCUGCUGAUUUUUACUCCCUGGCAAAAGUUAUUCCAAGGCAAAUGUUAUCCAUUAUCCAAGACCAUUCCAUUCUGCACUGGGCACACUUGGGUUGCUCUCAGCUGCCCAAGAAUUCCACACCGGACACCUCCUCAAUUAAUUGUCUCUGCUCUGCUCUAUCUUGUAAAUAUAUUUAAUUUCCAAUAAAUCAAGUCAGAGGAGGGGAACGUUUAUCGACAAGGAAAACUUGUACGUGGUCUGUUUUUGAAGCAAGCAAAACGGCAGUGCCCCCUUUUUAUCUAUAGCAAAUGGCAAAAAUGAUGCUCUAAAAGAAAACAUUCAUGAUGGACAAGGUCCCGGGAAUAUUAGGGCUGAAAAAGGAAGCGGGAAAGCUGUUAGGUUCAGCAGAACUUUUCAACAGGUGAGUAUGAAGCAAAAUAAUGAUUCUAAGGAUCAUGACUGUUAUUUUAAAAACCAAAGAAGGAAAAGAUGUGACUCAGCAAUUUUUUUAAAAAAAAUCAUGGCCGGUAUCUUUUACUAGAUUUUUUUUUCCUGGUGGAACAGUGCCUCUCCUUCCCAUUACAGCCUUCCCUGGAAAAAGCAAAGCAAAAUCUGCUGCUUAGAUACUGCCCAAUAGUUGCUUAAACACCUCGCUGGGUGGUUUGCCAUUUAAUGAUGUAGGCGACACAUGGCCCUGCCCCAUCCCACCCAGCUGGGUCCUCAGUUGACCAACCUCAGAAGGAUGGAAGGCUAAGUCAACCUUGAGCCAGCUACCCAGGUUGUGAGCAGAGUCUUGACUGCAGGGCUGCAGUUUAACGAAUGCACCACAAGAGUGGAGGGAUCUGCAGAAGGCAGGAAGUUCUCUCAGGGUGAUGCUGGAUUUAGGCCAGCUGCCUCCUGCACCCCAAGACUCACCUCUCUGUGCCUUCUCGGCUGGCCUAAUAAAGCUGGAAGGCAGGCCUGGGUUUGAGAGUUUGUUUUAUGGCCAAACAGAUUUGCUUUUGUUUUUAAUUUUGUCCACAUGUUCUCCCCGCAUCUCCCUAAGGGUAGGUAACUUAUUUUACCAGACUUUAAGGAGUUUAUUUUCUCAAGUGCCAAGCAAACCUCCUAUGAGCGAGUAAACUGACCGCCUAUAUGUCCCCCCCCCAAUUGCCCCAUAUGUGUCUGUUCACCAAGGGGCCAGGAAAGCAAAGAGAAAGAGGGAUUUGCCUGCAUUUAAGAAGAUCGAGAGAGG